CUAAUCCCCACUCACAAUAAUGUCAAUCCACGGCUUUCUCUCUCUAACUUCCCCCUAUCCUCUCUCUUUCUUUCAGUCUCUCUUCCGUCCCAAAAAGACCGUUGUCGCACCAACCAUGGCGUCCCAGGUUCUUCCUCAGGCAAUGAUUCCGUCCCAGGUUUUUGUUGGUUUUCGUUUUCCGGGAGGUUGCCGGGGCUUCCUUAGUGCUUCUCCGCUUUGCUUUAGGCCUUCUCUUGGAUUCAAUGAGAUAGGGUCCGAUUCCAAAAUCAUGAAACCAAUCCUUUACAGGUUAGGGUUCAGGUAUCGCGAAAAAAACAGAGUACCCGGAACCGAUCACCCAUAAUUCAUCCAAAUGGUGAGCUCUUCAGCACCUCGGAAAAAGCUCCAGUCAAGCUUCCAUCUCUGGCAGAGGCUCAGAUUGAUGGCGUAAGCUGCAAUCAUCACCGUAUAUAACCCCACCCCAACACGCAAUCGCUCUCUCUCUCUCUUCUUCUUCCUCCUCUAUCUCUCUCUCUCUCUCUCUUUCUCUCCACAAGAAACGCAGAGGAGCUUCGCAACUCCCCAGGAGCCGCGUUUCUCAGUCUAUGUAAGUCUUCUCCAUCUCUCUCUUCCUCUGUGAAUCGAAUUAUGGGUUUCUCGUCGGUCCGUGCGAGGUUUCCGUCGCUUGCUUUGAUCCGAUUGAUUGUGAGUGAAUGAGGGGGUCCCAUUCGGUUUCUAGGUCAUGAUGAUCUGAAGCCGGUCAGCCUCUCUUUGCGCGUGUCCCGUUCUCUUCUCCAGUCCUCUGCACUAUCCAAAACGCCCUAGCUACCUAUCAUACUUUGAAGAUCUCAUAUCUUACUUUGACUACUAGUCAUUGGGAAAAAGGAAAAAGGAAAAGAAAAAAAAAAAAGAACAGCAAUGGAGGUAAAGUUGUGGAACGACAAGCGCGAGAGAGACAUGUACGAGAACUUUUCCGAGCUCUAUGCUAUAAUACGAGCCACGGAGAAGGUCGAGAAGGCUUAUAUUCGCGAUAUAAUUACCCCUUCUGAGUACGAACUGGAAUGCCAGAAACUAAUCACGCAUUACCGAACCUUGGCCUCAACAUUGAAGGACAUAGUUCCGAGCAUAGAGCGGUUUGCAGACACAUACAAGAUGGAUUGCCCUGCUGCCAUUAACCGUCUGGUGGUGUCAGGGGUGCCGGCCACUGUGGAGCACCGGGCGGCUGCUGCUGCCUCAGUUGCCACCUCUGCUGCCGCGGUGGCAGAGUGUGUGCAGAACUUCAUUACCGCGAUGGACUCUCUGAGGCUAAACAUGGUGGCAGUGGACCAGGUCCACCCACUCCUGUCAGACCUCUCGGCUUCGCUCAAUAAGCUCUCAAUUCUGCCACCAGACUUCGAGGGAAAGACAAAGAUGAAGGACUGGCUCUCAAGGCUCUCAAAGAUGGGGGCCGCAGAUGAGUUAACAGAGCAGCAGUCUCGACAGCUCCACUUCGACUUGGAGUCUUCGUACAACUCCUUUAUGGCCGCUCUGCCCAAUGCCGGUACUUGAUUUGUGCUUCUUCUCAUAUGCUUGUAGAAUAAUUGACUGUUCUGAUUUGUUACCUUUUUGUUUGGUGGCUUUGGGUGGAGUUCGUAGUAUAGUGUGUGUUGCUUUGCAAUAUGUUAUAUGGGAAGGAAUUCUGGUUGAUUGCUCUCUAUGCGCUGAGCAACAUUGCUAAUUCUUUUUGUGUAGUAAGCUUGGUGAAAUUUUAUCGGUAUUCAAAUGGAAGUGAAUUCUUAGGUCGUCUGAUA